AUGAUAACCAACUCCAAAACGCAUGCGUUCGGGCUUCUCGCCCUAGUGGCCACAAUCGGUUGUGUGGCGGCUCAAACUACAACGGAUCCUUGCGUCGGAUCGGAUCUACCCUUCCUGCCACAUCCAACCGAAUGCUCUAAGUACUUCUCCUGCUAUGGUGGUAUCGGGUACGAGCAAGUCUGCCCCGAUGGCAAGUACUUCGAUCCGACGCGAUCGAUUUGUGACAUCGCGCAAAAUGUGGACUGUGUGGUGAACAAUUGCCCUCCGGACGGUAUCGUGUUUUUACCCAUUCCUAACGUCUGCGAUCGCUACACAAUCUGUGUUGGCGGAGAAGCUUUUGAAGGCAUCUGCGAUGAAAAUCUCUACUUUGAUGAGGCGUUGGGAGAUUGCAACUAUAAGAACGAAAGUGGUUGCGUCGUGAAUCCGUGCACUCAGCCUCCACCGAAUCCGCCCAUAUUGGAGAUUCAUCCAAACGAGUCUAGCUGCACACAAUAUUUGAUCUGCCUUAGCGGUCAACCAGUGGUUAGGGAUUGUGCACCCGGCCUGUUUUUCGAUCCAACUGCAUUGCAGUGUGUCGUUGCCGAUGCUUGUAUUGUAAGUAUUAUUUCUGAAGAGAGGCCGGAACCACUGACCCCGCCGGAACUGAUACCCCAGCAACUGACACUUCAGCAACAGACACUCUAG